AUGCAUCUGGCAUUAGAAACUGAAUUUGGAGUUAAUAACUUCAUCAUCAACGAUUUUCCAAAAGAUGAAUAUGCUGAUUUCCUUAGUCAGAAAUCAUUAUCGGAACAUGGUUUUCCAGUUCCAGAAAUAAAAAGAAAGCAUGAAGAUGCAAUACCACCUCCUAAUUCUAAAGAUUAAUAACUUAGUUUUAUGAUCAGUCCCAUAGUAUCACCUAGUUAUGAAGGAUGUAAAACAAAUGAAAUAUUAAUCGUUAAACCAACACCUCAUGCAGGCACACAGACAUCGUUUUAAACUAAUUAUUCAAAAUUACGAAAUUCAUAAUCAACUGUAGGAGAGGACAUGAUGAGAUAUUUAUAGAUUAGAAGGUUUUUUAAUAGGUUUAUGCGUUCUAUGCAUCUUUUCAGUAGAUUACAAAAGCAUCACUUAGAUGUUUUGAAUGACUCUGCUUCUAGUUACGACCCUAAAAUAUUUGGUCAAAGAUAAUUUAAUUUCAGACCUUUGGGAAUGAUUAAAAAUCUGAAUCUACCAAAGGUCCCCUCAUUUAGUUAGAAAAUAGAAAAAAUAAUAAAUAGAAUAGGUUCAACAAUUAAAUAGAGAAUUGAAUAUUGGGAUUAAAAUAUCAGGAUAUUUUAGCCAGAAGAGAGAAAAAAGAUAAUAUGGGAUAGCUGUCUAUCAAUAUCCAGAUUAUACUUUAUUAUCUUAAUUCCAAUGGAUAUAACUUUUGAACAAGAAUUUUUAUACUCUCAUUAAUUAUUUAUCCUAACAGUUAUUAUGACUAUUCUAUUAAUGCUGGAUAUUCUACUCAAUUUCAACACUGCCUAUUAUCAAUUUGGACUUAUUGUAAAUGAAAGAUCUAAAAUCUUUAAUCAUGUAAUAAGUAAAGCAUACGGCUGUGAUGCCAUUUCAGUAAUAUAUUUAUUUGUAUUGAUAUUUCUAAAUUGGGAUGAAUAUCGAGAAGAAAAGCAAUACAUUUUGGUUGGCUUGCUGACAUUUGUGGGUUAGUAUUAAAACAUUACAAAAUUAAUCAGAUUAAGCGAGGAAGUAUUGAAUUUGACUAAAGUUACUGCCUCGAUUUUAGAACUCGUAAAAUUGAUAAUAUUUUUAAUUUUCAUUUUACAUGUUGCAACCUGCAUUUGGUAUGGAGUAUGAUAUUAAAUAUAUAAUUAGGUAGGCAAUUAUGGUCUAAAAUAUCUAGGAUCUAGUUGGAUUGACAAAUAUCAUUUAGAAGAUAAUAAUUGGGCUGAAAGAUAUUUACGAUCCUUCUACUUUUGUACUGUAACUAUGUUUACUGUGGGAUAUGGAGAUUUAACUCCGUAAUGUAAUAAAAUUAUUAUAUUUCAGCCAAUCUAGAAUAUACUAUUUGCAUUAUCUUUAUAAUGAUAUUUAGUAUUCAGUUACCAUACAGUGUGAAUACUGUGGGAGCCAUUAUUGAUGAGAUCUCUAAAUAUAGUGAGUAGAAACUCUAGAAAUUAAGAAUUAUUAACACUUACAUGACUAAAAAGAAGAUCAGCUUUUAAUUACAAUUUUAAAUCAGAGAAUACUUAAAUUACUAUUGGGAAAUGGAAAAUACGCAAUAAUCAAACGAGGAAUAAGUCAUUAUAGAAUAAUUAUCAGAAUAAUUGAGAGAAGAACUAAUGGUCGAAGCUAAUUCAGUUGUUCUCAAUAAUUGCUCUCUCUUUUAGAAGAACUUUUCUUAUGAAUUCAAAAAGGCUCUUGUAAAAAAAAUCAGAACAGUUUCAAUCCAACCUGAAAAUAUAAUCGAUUAUUCCACAGAACCUGAUGCUUAUUAAAAUAAUUAUCUAACAUUUAUAGAAUCAGGAGAAGUUGAAGUUCAAUUAUCUGAUCAAAUUUUCUCACCAGGAACUACAUUUCAUAAAUUGACUCCUGGUUGUCUCUUUGGAUUAUAUGACUUCAUUACUGGAUAGGAGCAGAAAGAAGUAUAUAAAAGUGUUGGAUUCACUAAAUUACUUAUUUUGCCUAGAUCUGCAUUUUUAAAAAUUCUUAAAGAGUUUCAGGAAGACAGAGAAAAAUUUUGUCAAAUUAGAGAUGAUCUAUUGUAUAAUUUCUCAAAGCAAUCUCUUAAGAAUUUAGAUAUUUCUUGUUAUGUGUGUCAAUCAAGAGAGCAUCUAUCAAAAGAUUGUCCUCUACUUCACUUUUGUCCAGAUAAAGAAAGAAUCAUCAAAUCUUAUAACUUUGUUAAAGAAUAAUAAAGGGAGAAGUCAAUUAGAAAGCAUGCGAAUAAAUAUGAUAAUCGCUUCAUAUAUAAUAAUGCUUUGCUAGAUUUCAAAGUAUUGAAAGAGACAGCUGAAUAUAUUUAGGAUGACUUUUGGUAAGAAACUCAAAUUUAUGACUUGGAUUUAGAGAAUGGCCAAACUAGUCCUAGCAAUAAUAAUGCUUCAGGAUCUCCAUAACAUUCCUCUAGUUCGGAUGAUGAAAAAGACGAAGUUGUCUAAGAAUUAUCUAAACCAUCACUUAGUUCUUCAUAAAAGUUUCCGAGACAAACCAGAACCACAAGAUUACUAGAAAUAAAUCAAAUGAAAAAACUAUAAGCUAGAAAAUCUAGUAUUUCCCCUAUGAUUCCCAGAACUUCAUCGUAUUUAAUUGAAACUCAAUAAUAACCUAAAUUAUCUAUUUUUGGUUAAUAGAAUUCAAUUAAUGUCAAUACUUAAAAUUCUGAUGAAAAAGCCUAAUCUUAAGAUUCAGAAUAGAAGAAUGAGACUUCAAUUUAAUUAUCUAGUUAACAGUCAGAUACCAUCAAACCAGCAAUCAGUCCUAUGAAAUAAAACUUUAUGAAAUCAGCAUUAAAAAAAGUGACCGACAAUAUUCAGAACAAUCAAAGCACUAAUCAUAAUCAUUAAGAAGAGGACAAGGCCAAGAAAGUAAAAGUGAAAUUUCAAUAAGCCUUCACCUUUAUAAAGAGAUUAAAAUAAUUGAAGUUUACUAAAGAAGUAGAAAAACCAAGAGUACAACCAAAAUAAUAGACAAUGGUAGUUCAAAAAUAAAAUCUUAAUUUAAUUUAGUAAAGAAUACAACGAAAAAGCAACACAUUAACCAUGCAGGAUCAAAAUAAAUUAGACUUAUUGGUUUUAGAACUUAAUAAUUAGUUAAACAAUAAAUUUUAGGAAUUGGAAAAUUUCGAAAAUAAGAAAGAUUUUAAAUUCUAUCAAACUCAUAACAAUUUAGCAAAUUUACAAAUAUCAACUAAGUAUCAUCCUAAAUUCUUGAGCAAUAUGAAUCUCUACAUCAAGUAUUUUCUAUAUCCUGCAGAGUUUAUUAAAAGAUACAAGAAAAAAGAUCCCACAAUAUUAGAAGUUAAACCAGUGUCUUUUGCAACUCAGAUAAAUGCAUAUAAAGACGUAUUAAAAUUUAGAAAACAGGCCAGAAAAAUUAUAAACAAAAAGUAAGUAGCACCAGAAUAAUGA